GUGAGCAUUCCAUGAUCCAUCAAUUGCUUAAAUAUCACCACCACCACCACCACCACCACGAGUACACUCUGCUGUGCCCACUGUCCACCAGCUGACAUGGCCCUCAAGCACCCUUCGACUCCUCAUCUUCUCGCCCGUCACGAUGCAGUCGGCGUCACCAUUUCGAGACCCGAAUACGACAGCCUGGUAAGUCUCCCAUCUCGCCACCUAUCCGGGACCCACGGCAUCUGGCAUCUCGUUAAUCGUCUGGACAGCUGCGCGACUCGCGGGAAUUCCAACUACUCAAGAACGCGCUGUUCAGUGGAGGCAUCACGCCCGACACACUUGCUCUGCUUAUCGCUGGCACCGCUCAAGCCGCACAGAAGGAGUGCAACUCCACUGUGAAUGCCUGGGCAGACGACUUCGACGACUCGUCGCCGACGACCUUGCAGCCCGCACCGCCGCCACUCCACCAUUAUGGAACAUGCAGCUCCAUUCCCUGGAAAUCCGGCGUGUCUGUUCCUACUUUCAGUCUCGCACCUGGCAACGCCGUUUGCCACAAUGAAGCACGCUCGCCCAUCCAGCCCAUGACGCACCGCACCUUCAACAAUGCGUCUGGUCCUCAACGUCUCGCUAGUUAUGGCGCGCAUCCGUCUUGUUACAUGGAAGACGCCUGUGUGGACGAAGCCGAUAGCCUGUUGGAUGAGGGUCCCGACGUGGAGGAAACAGAUGCCAAGACCGGCCAGAUUCUGCGAACGCUGUACUUCACCGGCUUCAAUAGCCGGACCACCUAUCGUGAUUUGUGCUCCGUCAUCAAGGGCGGCAAGUUACUCAGCAUAUCUAUGCGCUCAGAGAAGAGCGCGACAGUGACCUUUCUCGACGCGGCCGCAGACUACCUGGCAUGGGCCAAACGAAACGACGUCUAUUUGAAUGGGAGGCGCGUCGAGGUUCGCUGGGCUGAGCGUCAGUACAAGCUCAACGGGCACAUUCAAAACAAAAUCGACAGUGGAGCCACUCGCAAUCUUCUGAUCCGUAACGCAGUGGAAAAGGGCUUCACUGAGACCCAGAUCCGGGAUGACAUGGAGCACAUCCACAACCUUGUCGUGAUCGAAGUCCGAUUCAUCGGUGGCAGUGCAUAUGUGUAUACCAACUCGAUCCCUAAUGCUCUGUUCGCGAGGACGUGUAUGAUGAGCCGAACGACCUACCGAGGCUGCAAGAUCUCCUUCUUCCCUGAUGAGUGCGAUCAGCCACUGCCAGCUCGUGCCGUGGCGCCCAAGGCGAUGCCGAUGGAGUCAGCCAGCAGAAAGGCGCCUCCACUUGCAAAUCGCUUCGAUAUGCUGAAUCUCGAUGGCACGAGCUCUGUGUCCGGCAGCAGUGACGAAGAGCAUCGCACGCCCGAGCAAUCGUCGUUGCCAGACGACGAGGAGGAGGAUGAGGAUGAGGAGGAUGCCAUCGGCUACACCUCACGCCAUGGCGUCAGCCUUCAUUUUCUGGACUCUGACAGCACAACGUGAGACUCACCUAAGCUCUCCUCUCGGGGCUUCAAUUCCCAUGGUUGGUGGAGAAGCUACCAUGUUGACAGUCGUACAGUCGUGACACGACUUUUUAGUUUCGCACGAGCGCGCACAUGGAGUCUACAAGCUGGUAGAAUGCAUUUUAGAGCGGCGCACAGGGAUUCACGGGUUUGGAAGUUGGUAUAGCAGACGGGCGUUGUUGGUGGACAGUAAGUAUGCUAGAGAUACC